UGUGAUCGUGAUUUUUCCAACCGUUCUUACGGAACGUAAAGGGAUUUUCAGUGUUGGGGUUUUCAGCGUCAGCGGCAGCAGGUAUUUCAAAUUGUUUCUCACCUUGCACCACCACCACCACCACACCACCUUGCAGCAUGUCGGCAAAGCGACGCGGGACGGCAAAUAAUGGCCAGCCGGGUCCCUCCAGUUCCAGGCGGCCACUCCAGUUCCAGGCGGGUUAUAACGACUAUCACAGCGACAGCGACUGUGAGGAGUUGAAUGCCCUUCCCCUUCCCGCUACCGCUUUUGACUAUGAAUGGUUGGUUGACCUUUAUAGUCAAAUAGAGGAGGUAUGCGAACGAAGCCCGAUGCAAAGCCCAUCGGCAACUUUUGCCCAAAUGAUUUGCGUUCUGGAGCAAAUGAUACCGGGCUUGCCGAGGGACCCACGGGCCGUGCUGAAGAUGCCGUGGAACAUCACGCUUCAGGAUGUCACUGGCCUUCCUAUGCCAGCGAGCUUCUGGCAGCGUGAUGUGAAAGAGGCAAUAGCACGGCAGACAGCACGACCGUCAACCGUGUUGGAUUUGUUUGUGGAUGGGGCACCCUUCAAGCAGUUGAGCAACCCAAAGAUGCUAUCUUGGGUUGUGCCUGGAAGGGUGCGGGAUAUGGAUACCGGGCCACCGGGCAAACCGUUCGGUCUGACGGUAUUUUGCGGCAGCCGAGCGCCAACUGCGCAGAUGUUGCUUGGUCCGCUCUGCCAGCAGUUGGAGCCCAUGACGCACGUCACACCCAGGGCAGUCCUUUCUGACGCCGAGGGACGUGCGCGUGCUAAAGCGAACACUCUUACCCCGCGAGAACCCACGCUGAAUUUGUGGGUCACCAGUACGACGGCACACAUCGUACUGGUGUUCGCACGCAAAUGA